CAACUCCAGCACAUCUCUGCUCGAGGACACUACCACAGUGCAUGAUAAAGGUGCACUCCAUAACCAACCCGUACAUAAACAAUGCAAAAUAUACAUCGCCAGGCAGCGGAUGAUGAAUAAUCUGACAUCUUGUCGCAUUUGUGUUGAAUGCUGAAAAAAUGAUAGUGUUUCCAUCGCGCAUGGCUAAAUCUCCCUCGAGAUCUCCGUGGAAAGGUCUUCCUGUCAGCAUCACACCGUUACUAUGAGAUCUGUGGAGCGAUCCCGCGUCAAGGUAAAACAAGAGGCAUUUGAUUCAACAUGAGUGCCUGGACUCAGUGUGGAUGGAGUCUCUGAAUGCCGUGGAGCUCCGUGAACUGGGGGAACGUCCUCAGGCCUCCUCAGGACCACGGCCAUCAACAGGCAUCGAAAAUGCAUCAUUCGAGGAUGAGGAUCCGGGAUCAAGGAUCCGCGUUACCUCCAGAGCAUCUGGACCUAGCUUCACAUCCAUUGACUCCCAAUCAAAUCCGCUGCCUAUACAGAGAGAAGUGCCAUCGCCGCGCUCUGAAGACGAACCCGAGCUCGAGUAUAACGACCAUUCAGUGGACUACGGGUUCAUUUUCGCACUUGUUUUCCUGGUGAGUGGGAUCAUAUUAGUGGUAAUCGCCUACACCAUCCCAAGAGAGGCAAAAGUCAACCCGGACCAAGUGACAGCGCGUCAGAUGGAGAAACUGGAGAUGUACUACGCACAACUCGGUUCUCAUCUUGACAAAUGCAUUAUUGCAGGACUGGGUUUGCUCACUCUGGGAGGAAUGCUGUUAUCUGUUUUAUUAAUGGUGUCUAUAUGCAAAGGAGAACUGUAUCGGAGGAGGACUUUCGCUAGAAGACCCAUGAAAUCAUACGGAUCCAUUAACAUGAGGAUGAGGCAGUUGGCUGAAGGUGACGGGAGGGACACUCUUGUGGAAUGUGAACCGAACACCACCGCCGAUGCGGCCAACGGUAAUCAGGUUCCUGCAGGAACGCUAAACACGUAGCACAACCAAAUCACACUGAAGAGUUACAGUUCCUAAAGGAAAAAGUACAUGCAAGGCAGCAGCAUGAUGUUUUUGGUCAAUUUUAUAUUUUGGGUUUUGAAUUAAAUUGCUUUAAGUUCAAGGUUGCUGUCAUCAAUACAUUCUGUGUGUUGCCAGAUGUCAGUAAAAUCAAUUAUAAAAAACUACGAAAAGAAGCCAACAAGAACAAACAAAAAAAUAAACAAAUAUACAACUUUAUCCAUUUACAAUAUGCAAAUGAUAAUAAUUAAAUCUGAAUAUUUCAUAGUUUAAUUGCAUAUAGAAAACCAAAAUAUGAAUGAAUGUUUUGGUAAAUUUAAGAUUUUGGCUUUUAAAUAAAUUUUAAGGUUGAUGACACCGUUAUGUUUUGCUGUAUUGCCAGAUCUCAGUAAAAUCAAUCAAAACUAUGAAAAGAAGCCAAAGAAAUCAAAUAAACUAACAAAUAUACAACUUUGUUUACUAACAAUAUGCAAAUGAUAAUAAUUAAAUCUGAAUAAGGAAAAUAAAAGAAUUUCCUAAUUUAAUUGCAAAUAAAAAAUCUGAAUAUUCCAUAAUUUUGUAUAAUAAGUGGAAAUGGCAAUGCUGAUCAAUGCAUGAGGCAGUUGGAUGGUUAAAUAGUAAAAAAAAACAAACAUGGUGCUAAUUUGAUAUGCAAUUAAGCAAAAGAAAAAUCUUUUAAGUUUUUGUUGCAAAACAUACAGUUGAAGUCAGUAUUAUUAGCCCCCCCUGAAUUAAG